AUGUCACAGGAGGCCUCAGGGGCACCAGCAAUGCCAAGAGCAGGGCAUGGCCAGACUAAGGCCAAAGCACGGUUGCUUCUAGGUGCUGACAGGAAGAGGAGCCGCCUCAGCAAGACAAGGCAGGACCUAUGGAACAGCACUAGCUGGAGUAAUCACAGACUGAGCAGAGCCACCUCUGCCCCUCGAGGGACCAGAGCUAAGGGAACAGCUCAUGGCAGGAGUGAAGCCUGCCCUGAGAACGCAGCACGGGAGCGGACCCGGGUGAGGACACUGCGCCAGGCCUUUUUGGCCUUGCAGGCUGCUUUGCCUGCCGUACCACCUGACACAAAGCUUUCCAAGCUGGACGUGCUGGUGCUGGCCACAAGCUACAUAGCCCACCUCACCCGAACGCUCGGCCACGAGUUGCCUGGCCCUGCCUGGCCACCCUUCCUGCGUGGACUCCGGUACUUAGACCCCCUCAAGAAGUGGCCCAUGCGAUCUCGUCUUUACGCAGGAGGCUUAGGAUGCUCUGGCCUCAAUUCCACCACAGCCACCGCUGCCAGCCAGAGAACCAGGGACGAAGAGGUGGGGUCUCAAGUCUCUGUAGCCACAGAUGUUCUUGUCGCCGAUCCAGUAUCUCCAGCUCUUGGUAACAAAUGA